CUGCGCGUCCUAAGAAGUGGAAGAUAAAUUUCGAUAUUUUUAGUUUGAAAUUGAAUGUUCUUAAUAAAGUGUAGUAAGGAAAUAACUAACUUAUACUAUAAUUUACAGUUUGGAUAGUUAAUUUUAUUUAAGAAACAUUUUAAUACAUUUAAGGAAAAUCCAUAAUUACCAAAUGCUUUUGAAUUUGAAAUUGAAUAACUGUGGGAUAAAACAAACAUUAAUUACAACAAUUAUCUGUGCAAGUUUCCUUGUAAAAAUCUUGCAUGGUGACACUGAUUUUUUCUUGUUUGCUCAACAGUGGUCUCCCACAGUUUGCAUAGAUGUAUCAAAAAUGAUUGUGUGUCAAAUGCCUCCUGGAGUUGACUGUUGGACAAUACAUGGUUUAUGGCCUGGAUCUCUGAAACAACCCAGUCCCAGAUUUUGUCACACAAAUUCUAGUUUUGAUUUGGAGAAGAUACAGCAUCUUGUUCCUGAUUUGGAGAAGGAGUGGCCAAGUUUUUUUGUGGAAAGAAAAGAAUCAAAUUUUUGGAAAUAUGAAUGGAAAAAGCAUGGAACAUGUGCAGUUGUUUUGUCAAGUCUUAACUCUCAAGAACUCUAUUUCACCAAGACCCUGGAGUUGAAAAAACAGUAUGACCUGCUAAAAAUAUUGAAGGAAAAUGAUAUUUUUCCUAGCACAGAGAAAUACUACAUGUUGGACAAUAUAAAAAAUGCUCUAAACAGUCAUUUUAAGGUGCACGUUCUUGUUAAGUGUAAAAAUGCAAAGGACUUUGACCAUCCUCUCCUGUCGUCAGUCCGAAUUUGUAUGGAUAUGAACUUCACACUGAUUGAUUGUCCAGCAUCAUUAAAGGAAUGUAAAGCUGAUUCUGUUUUGUAUCUACCUGUAAAACCGGAUGAGAAAAAGUUUUCUCAACCUCUGACAUAUGUUCAAGUAAUGCUACACAAAUAUGGGGAGUAUUGAAGAAUAGGAUAAGCUGCCAAAGAAUACCUAAAUAAUUUCAAGAUUCUUAAAAAAUCAACAAUAAUAGAAAUAAACAAUAAAUAUAUAUAUAUAUAUGGAAAGAACUUGGUGGUGUGGAGUUAAAAUAGUAUAUAAAUGCUGAUAUAAACAUUAACUCUCUGCACAUGGGCUUGUUCAUUUUGAAUGACCUUUUAAUCAUGAAACUAUACAUACUAUAACUUUUAAUGUAGUUGAUGUAUCUUCAGUUAAUUUGCUAAGCUUUUAGUAAGCAGAUUUCUUAAAUAUUUUUACAAUAAAUAGAUUUGUCUAUGAAUUUAUAGAGUAUAGUUUGACUCAGACUAGACUGAGUGCAAGGUGAUUUUUCUGUUAAGAUAAAAAACAUUUGUUUUUCAUCUAACAGUUUUUAAGAUUCAUUCACAUAACCUCUAAAAUCUCUUAAAUGAAUAUCCAAAGGUUUUUUUCAGUAAAGUUUAUAUUUUGUCUGUUGUUUUCUUUACAAUUACACCAUGUGACGUCACUCCAUUUUACCAACCUUGUAACCACCAGAAGAAAAUAUUAAGUAAAUUUAAAUUUACCUUUUUUCCCUUCUAUAAUUACUGUAGAUUAUAACAGAAAAUUAAUUAUUCUAAAAAUUUCAAGCUUGUAACAGUUUACAUUUGUUUUUAUUUAAUUUCAUUGCUCUUUGAAUGUUUCUAACUGCUAAACAAGCGUAACAAAGUAUUAAACUAUGUAAUGCAUGUGUAGCUUGUGUGAAUAUGUCACUGAGAAAAAGUUAUUCAUGUAAUUUUUUUUCCUUUAUGUUUUCUUAUCUAACCUAAUACACUUCUAAUUUUUACAUUUUACUUACUUUUAUAAUGAUAAGUAAAAAUACAUGUUAAAAACAAGCAGUUUAGGACUUAGAAUAAUUCAAAAACUGUCAUUAAUCAGGAAAUUAAAAUCGUUUUUUUUUGUUGGUUAUAAAUAAUAUAAUUGCAAAUGUGAGAGAGAAUUAUUAACAUUUUUUGAAAGGCAGUAUGUGAUAGGAGAGCAUGGAAUGUGGGUUGGACUUCCUGGUCUAUAUUUGAAUAAAACAAUGACUGAAGGCUAUAAAGUUAGAUUAUGUCUUAGCAGUAUCCAUGAUAUGAGUGUGUAAUUUGCAUUAAAACUCAGAUUUUAGAUAGGGGUAGAAAGGUUAUCUUGGACCAAACAAGUGUUGUGAUAUAGAAAAAUUAAGAUUGAGAAUUUUCUAAAGUAUUUAAAAUUAAGAAAUUAAAACAUAUAUAUAUAAUAUUAAAAUUUGAUUUAUUAACUACAUUUUGAUGCCAAGUUUAUUUAAGUACACCCAUAACAAAGUAGUUUAAACCUCUAACUAAAGACAGGUCAAAGGGAGCAUGUCAUGAUGGUUUUGAGAGUUGUUUUCCAAAUUUGAUUGAGCACUUUGUUAUCAUUAUGUGUCAGUAAAAUUAGCAUCACAGUUGUAGUUUAUAAUUCAAAUUUAAAUAUUAUACGUGUUUUAAUUUCUUGAUUAAAAAAAAAAAGGUAGAUAUACUUUUUGUUUGUCAUAUGGCAUAUCUUAUUGUUCAGUUUAUAUUCUGUUACUCCUACCAUACAACAUCUGUAGUGGUUAAUGAGGUAGAAACUCAAAUUUCAGACAUUUACAAGAAAGAAUAUGAAAUAACAACCUCCCACCUUUUUAAUUUGCUGAAAUAUCAAUAUAUUUUGUAAACCUAUGAGUGUAGCACUACCUACUACUAUAUUCUUUUGAAAUUUCUUGACUACUCACGCUUACUUCUUUUAAACGCAUGUUUAUAACCAAUAGAAACAGCACAUUCCACACUUCAAAACCUGACAGUCAUUUGUAAUUGACUUGGAGGGAAACUUGUAUUUUAACUGGAAAUGGUAAAAUAUGUUGACUAAGUUGUUGCUCUGAACAGAAAUGAAGAUUUUUUUUAAUCCACUCAUAGCUUAAUUAGAAAGUCAGAUAAAUUACCGUGUACUAGUAUAGUAAUUUGGUAAUUUUUUAUUUCUAAAAUGCAUCUACAAAAAUUCAUUUGUCUUUCUCCCCUCCAUUUAAAGGAAUAUGAGGCUUAGCAAGUAUGAUGCACAAGUACAAAUCAAUUUCAUAACAUUAUAAGUAUUAGAAAUUAUUGUUUUUCAAUAAAUUUUUUAUUCAUUGUUCUAUGUUUUAAGAAAAGUAACUAACAAUUAAGCAUUUAUGAAUAAAUAGUAAUGAUAUAUAUACAUGUUCAUAAGCACUUACACACUUUGUACACCUAUAUUGCUAAAUUCUAACAUCCAAAUACCUACCAAGUUUAUUGGAUCAGCCUGGACUUUGUACAGAGCCAUAUCAUAAACAUUUUCCCACUUUUUUAUUACCUUAGACAAUUUUCAUUACAACCACUGUACUGUAAACAAGUUGAUAAAUCCUCUUCCACUGUAUUCUCAGAGCCAGGAUUACGAUAAACACCAGGGGAAAGUUCUGGUAAUUGCACUUCACGAGCAUAAACAGUAAUGGCAGGAAUAGUGAUUCAUUGCUUUAUGUUCAGCAGGUCUCUACUUCAGCUGUUAACAGUAAAAUAAACAUAGGAAAUAGAUGUGAAAAGAUUAAAAGUAGAAUCUCUCACGAGAACUUUGUGGUCAACACUAAAAAGGAUAGAACAGUACUGACUUUACUUCACAUUUUUCUACCAUUAAAAGUUUCUUUACGGUUACAAGGUUGGUCAAAUUGACUGACCCUGUAUAGAAUUAAGGUAGAUAAAAUAAUCAAGUUGUUCUGGAAAGAAACAUUUAAUAUUUGUUUAGGGAGUUUUAGAGAUUGCAUAAAUGAAAUUUGAAAAUGUUUGGAUGAAGAAAAGUAUUUUUAAUCUUAACAUUAAAAUCACUUUGCACUCAGAGCAAUCAAUGCUCUGACUCUGUAUAUUCAUGGACAUAUUUUUAGUAGAAAUACUUAGUUAAGAAUUAUGAUUUUUUUGUUUAAAAAUGUCUCGUAAUAUUUACUAAAAGCUUGAAAACAUGAUAAAAGUUGUUAAUAGUUAUAAUAUGGAAACUGAUUUUCACUUGUGGUCAAGUGAUUGUUGUAAUCCAAAGAGGCAGUAGUAAAGGAGUUAAUAAAUUUUGUAUGUAACUUUGUAAAAAGGUUAUGACUGUGCAUCUAUACCUACCCGUAUCCAUAGUGACAAUGAAUUUUAGAUAAAGCAGUAUUUUCAUUCUUUUAGUUUCAAGUUACAUGCUUAAAAGAAUUGUAACAAGACAUUAACUUUAUUUUUAAAUAUCUUAAAUCAUUAUUGCCUGGAUACUUGAUUGUGACCACAGUGAUGAAAUUGAAAAAAAAAAAAUCUCAUCAAUUUAUAAAAGUUGUAAGUUUUUGAAAGAUUUAAAUGCAGAUAAAGUUCCAUGAAAGGGGUGUGAAGUAUUAAGUGGGGGAAAAAAAAUACAUCUACAACCCAGUGCUAUGAUAUGUGUACUAGCAUCCAUAUAAGUGAGCCAAGUUCUUUCCAUUUUUGCAGCAUGGUACGUACAUCAUGUUGCUUGUAAGUGUUUUGAUGAGUGGAACUAAUCUUAACAAAUACAGUGUGUAUAGUAAACAUUUUUGUUGAUAUUGAAGGGGAAUUCCUCUUAGGGUCUGCUCUUAAUUUUUUUUUCCAUGUAUUUAUUAUAUUAUUUAAUUUAUCAAUUAUCAACCCUGAAGUUAAAAACACUAUACUUUGUAAUUCAUAUAUGGCUCUCCAAAGUUUAAAUUAUAUUAGUGUUUCUUUAACUGCAUAACAGCAGUGAAGUUACAUGACAGUGGUUUGUUUGAUUUUUUUUCUCCACCUGAGUUAAUUAUCCAUACUUGUGGACUAGUACUGUGAUUUACAACUGCUGGUCUGCAUAAACAUCCAGUAAAAAACAACAAUUUUUGUGAAAUUUGUGUUUUAGACAUGUACAUGCUAGGAAUAGGUUAAAAGUGUUUUUUCUUCUUAGUUCGUUGUAAAAUAAGAGAGUCUAACUUAGGGAACACAAUUUUUGAUAACUUCUAGCUCAACACCCCUUUACUAGCUGUGUAUAAAUAUCUAUAUUUUGCAUACCUUAUAGGUCAUUUACUGUAUUAUAGGCCUUAACAACUGUAUUCCUAUACUCUGUGAUCCAUAAGCUUAUUACAAAGAUUUUCCCAAUCUGUGGAGUGAAAAGUCAGAAAUAGAAUUAGUAUUAAAGUAGUACCUCAUGUACAUUAUAGGCCAUUUACUGUAUUAUAGGACUAUAUCCCUAUAGUCUUUGUGAUCCAUGAGCUUAUAACAAAGAUUUUCCCAAUCUGUGGAGUGAAAAGUCAGAAAUAGAAUUAGUAUUAAAGUAGUACCUCAUGUACAUUAUAGGCCAUUUACUGUAUUAUAGGACUAUAUCCCUAUAGUCUUUGUGAUCCAUGAGCUUAUAACAAAGAUUUUCCCAAUCUGUGGAGUGAAAAGUCAGAAAUAGAAUUAGUAUUAAA